AAUAUUUUUACCAAGUUCAAUAUCUGAAGUCCAAAGUUGUUUAAAAACACAAAAUUACAACGUCAUUAUCAAAUAUCGACAUUGCUAUUCAUGAUGUGUUUAUUUGAGGAAGAUAUGCUCUGACAAAGGUAGAUUAAAAUUGAAACAGAGGAAAUUCGGACUAAUUUUUUCAUUUUCUUAUUUUCUCUUAAAAACUUUUUGUUGCAGUGUAAUUGCAAAAGUUAAGUUUUUAUGUGUGUUUUCAUAUCAUUUUACAUAUUUUAUGGUUGUAUUUACUCGUCUAUAAAUUUAUACCACUGGCUGGCACGCGAUUGGAAAAAUCUUUAAAAUACAUAAAAUCGAUUGAAUAUAAAAUAUCUCGAAAUUUUUAUCAUUGACCUUAUAUAAUGUUAAUGACAACAUAAUAACGACAAUAAAAACAGUUUUAGGCAAUCAAUGGUUUGGAGCUCCUCAAAAAUGGGUACAAUUUUAGAAAUUGAUAGAGGAAAUUCGGACUAAAUUAAACUUAGAUAUCAGCUUAAAACGAUUCAUUCAAACAUAAAAUUAGUAAAACUAUUCGUAUUUUAUCAUUUCCCAAUCUACAAAUUGUUUUAUAAUUUUUAAUAAUUAAAAAUAAAGAAAACCUUGAAAAUGGUGGACAAUUUUGACAAUUAUUUCAAAAAAACAUCUAGAGGUCACUAGCAGAAAAAGUAGGUCAUUGACUUAGUUAUUUGAAAGUGAAAAAUAGCACCACAAUAGUGGGGCUACAAUGAACAAUAAGUAGUUUUUCGUUCCUAUUAGUGGAUUUUUUUUCGCCUCUGAGUAAACGUAAUCCUUAAGCCGUAAUCCGUAAAGCUAAUUUUAGCAUGGUUGUCGUUAUUUAGGUGAGCAAUGUGGCCCAUGGGCCUCCUGUUCUCCAAUUACUUUACCCAUUUAGAAAUGUAUGAUACAUUUUAAACAGUUUUUUUUCUUUUUUUGUAAACAGAUGGAAAUGACGUCUACAAAAGCAAAACUAGAAAAAAUUUCGUCUUUUUGCCAGUCGAGGGGAUACGAUGUCGCGGAUUUAAUUACCGACAUAACAAACAAAUUGAAUAAGUUACCUCAUGUAUUAUUGAAAUCAAUCGAUGAAUUAUGGAAAAGUGUCAAAAGAUUAGAGCGUGAAGUCGAUAUAUGUAUAGAAGUAAUAAAACUAUCGGGCUGUAUGUGGUCUUUGUCAGGAUUGGGAUUACCCGUAGUAGGCAUUACUUUGACAGUUGCACUUUUAGUUGCUUACUUUCUUAAGAUACUUUGUUGUAUGUAUGAUUGGAAAAAGAUAAAAAUACCUGAACAUACCAUGCAUGAUGCAAAUCAACACGAACAGGCUGGUUUAGAAGAGAUGUUUGGAAGCGCAGAGACACUCAUUGAUUCUUUUACUGACAGAAAAACACCAAAUAAGUCUUCGCUAGAUAUCCUCAGUAAAAAUAUUGACAUUCAUAUUGGAGUAUCUGAGUUGGGACGUCUUAAAAGUCGGAUUAAGUGUCUUAUGUUAGGAGGAAAAGAUGAUUGGCUUACAGCUCUGCAGUUGUUGAAACUGUUUGUUAGAAUAUCCACGUUCCGGCAUUCACUUUUAUUUAGAUAUCAGACAUGUUUAAACACAAACAAACGCUUUCUAGAUACCAUAUCUGCUUUACAGACGUAUAUUGAAAAGGAAAGAAGAGAUAAUAUAUCAUUUCUUUCCAGUAUUUUUUUAGUACCGACACUCAAAGAUGUAGGAAUUCUAACAAUUUUUGAUCCAUUUGAGGAAAAAGAGCUAUAUGCGUAUUUAGAGGAAUUGAACCUGAAUAUGAUAAACUUAAAAAGCAGAAUUCAUAAUGGAGGUUUUAUAGUUUCGCCAGCCAGAAAUCCGUCCGUCCAACUCGGAAGACUUGUUUUGCUUUUAUUUAGUUAUUUAGGAGCUUUGAAAUGUACUCCUUCUAACAUUGGAGCUAUAUUAAUAUUCCAGGCAAUUGAAAAUACUUUCAAUCUUUUUCAAAUCGUAUCCCAAGACUCUGACAAAAUUUUAUUUAUGAAUGACAAUGGUUAUUGCAAAUACGCCAGAAGGUCUUCUUCUAUACCAGAAAAUGCUCAGUGGCGGGUAAUUCUCGUCGAUGAGACUGAUGCAACCUUAAAUACCUCCUCGUAUUUCAUACUUUGUAACAAAAAAUGGCCAGAAAAACCAUUAUACGUGGAAAGGUCAAUCUUAAAACGUGCAAAGGGAUUAGACACGGAUUCAAUACCAAAAGAAGAAUGCUUGUUUACGCUGACUAAUCCAAACCAUUCGGGCCCAAUUUCUGUAACUGUGCAACAUUUAGGAAAUCUGAAGGAAGAACCUACUUCUACAAAGGAUCGACGAAGGUCGUUCAGAAAAACAAGCAUAUUCAGGAAAUUAAGUUUUACAGCAUUUUCAUUCAAAGAAAACAACUAGUGAAUUUCAAUUGAAAUUUUAAAAAUAAACAAAAACAUAAUAUUUGUGAUUGAGAUGCCGUUUGUUUUCAUAAAAAAAAUUACAUAUGAUCUAUCAUAUUAAUUGGAAAUAAUUGCGUUUUUUUACAAAACAAUUAAAAUGGUGACUUAAUAUGUUUGAUAUCAAAUUAAAACUACUUCGUCUAAAGGCUUGAUAAUAUGGUAUGCUAUGCAACGGUAUACUAUGAAAUGCUAAAAAAUUGAACAAAAACGCCUCAGUUAACAAAAGAGUUCCAAACAUUUUGAAGAAAAAUGAUAAUGUUAAUGUCUACAACUGCUCUGCAAUGUGAACAUUCAAUUUUUGUAUGCUAUGGUUUGUGAUUCCAAUGAUAAUGUUAAUGUCUACAACUGAUCUGCAAUGUGAACAUUCAAUUCUUGCAUUAAAAGCAUUUGAAACCGUG